ACACACACUUUCGGCGCGGGGGUGUGGGCAUGAGUGACCUUGUGAAGGUACUAGCCCACUGGGGACAGGAUUAGCAAACCUGAAACCUCUGCAAAUAUUUGGCUUCCUCCCGCAUUCUUCCCGAGGCUUCUGGCUGUCUCGUGCCUGCCUCACCUAGUACCCUUUGCGCUCGCUCCGCCACACAAAGCCCAAGCCGCCUAUCUCCUCUUCGCAAACCCUGAGAACUUCAUUCCGCACGUUAAAACUCGUCGGUGGCGGUGGCGGGCAGGACUGGGCAUGCUCAGUGGCGGGGACAGGUCUGGGAGGCGAGGAAGCCGCAUUUGAAGUGGCUCGGCCUCGGGAUGAGGGGGAGGCGGGUGCCCCGGCUGGGGUCCGUGGAGGUUCCCGGUGCAGCACGCGAGGCCGACAUGCUGCGGGCGGGAGCAGCCAGCCCGGCGCGCGGAAGCCAGGUCGCCGAAGACACGGGGGCGCCGGCGGGAGGAGGGGAGGAGCGCCCGGGCCGCCAGCCCCCGGCCUCGGCGCUAAGGCUGCCGGAUAACAAGCCGCAGGGAGGGUCGGAGGCCGGGAGAACGCCCGACCAUGACCUCCAGCGAGGCUGCCUGAACCGGAGCCCGCGCAACGCCCCGCCAGCCCCGGGCAUGGGCGAGCGCGGCGCGCAGCACGAGCGCGCGGCCCUGCAGUCCCCCGGGGCCCCCGAGGGCGCCGCGGCCACCGUGAACGGGCUGCUGCACAACGGCUUUCACCCGCCGCCGUCCUGCAGCCGCGACCCGCUGCCUGCACGCUUCCAGCUCUCGUCAGAGCUGCAGCCUCAGCCGCAGCAGCAGCCGCUGUUCUCCCAACAUGAUUCUCCGGCCAAGAAAUGCCGGCUGCGGAGAAGGAUGGACUCCGGGAGGAAGAACAGGCCGCCAUUCCCAUGGUUUGGUAUGGAUAUUGGCGGAACCCUGGUUAAGCUGGUCUACUUUGAACCAAAGGAUAUCACGGCAGAAGAAGAACAAGAAGAAGUGGAGAACCUGAAGAGCAUCCGGAAGUAUCUGACUUCUAACACUGCCUAUGGCAAAACUGGAAUCCGAGACGUCCACCUGGAGCUGAAAAACCUGACCAUGUGUGGGCGCAAAGGGAACCUGCACUUCAUUCGCUUCCCCACCUGUGCCAUGCACAUGUUCAUCCAGAUGGGCAGCGAGAAGAACUUCUCCAGCCUCCACACCACCCUCUGUGCCACGGGAGGCGGGGCCUUCAAGUUUGAAGAGGACUUCAGAAUGAUUGCGGACCUGCAGCUGCACAAACUGGACGAACUGGACUGUUUGAUUCAGGGCCUGCUUUACGUUGACUCGGUCGGCUUCAAUGGCAAGCCGGAAUGUUACUAUUUCGAGAACCCCACAAAUCCCGAGUUGUGUCAAAAGAAGCCAUACUGCCUUGAUAACCCAUACCCCAUGUUGCUGGUUAACAUGGGCUCAGGUGUCAGCAUUUUAGCGGUGUACUCCAAGGACAACUACAAGAGAGUUACUGGGACCAGUCUUGGAGGCGGGACAUUCCUAGGCCUGUGUUGCUUGCUGACUGGUUGUGAGACCUUUGAAGAAGCUCUGGAGAUGGCAGCUAAAGGCGACAGCACCAAUGUUGAUAAGCUGGUGAAGGACAUUUACGGAGGAGACUAUGAACGAUUUGGCCUUCAAGGAUCUGCUGUAGCAUCAAGCUUUGGCAACAUGAUGAGUAAGGAAAAGAGAGAGUCCAUCAGCAAGGAGGACCUCGCGCGCGCCACGCUGGUCACCAUCACCAACAACAUCGGCUCCAUUGCUCGGAUGUGUGCACUGAACGAGAAUAUUGACAAAGUUGUAUUUGUUGGGAACUUUCUCAGAAUCAAUAUGGUCUCGAUGAAGCUGCUAGCAUAUGCCAUGGACUUUUGGUCUAAGGGACAACUGAAAGCACUGUUUUUGGAACAUGAGGGUUAUUUUGGAGCAGUUGGGGCCCUGUUGGAACUGUUCAAAAUGACGGAUGCGCAGUAGAUGAAGCGGCCUCCGGUGAGGACAGAGGACUGACAGACACUGCCAGAGAAGGUGACAUCUUCUUGGGACAGAAGCCAAGCCACUGUGGUGGAUGAACCUGCUGUAUUUGUAAAUAACUGAAAAUUUUUUGCUCUUAGGUUUCAUGCUUAUGAUACAAAAAUGGGUAAUAUAAUAAUUUUUUUCUGUAUACUGUAUUUUUUAAAAAAAAAUUGUGCAAUGUGGCCAAAGUUACCAAUUUCAUGCAUUAACUUUGAAAAGUUGUGUGAUGUUUAAGAGGGGCCUGAACUGAAUGCGCUGUCCAUUUUUCUUCUGGGGUUUACUGAUCAGUGUGGUAAUUUUAACUUCGUUUAGUAAUUACUCUAGGAGAUUCUACCUUUACUUAUAUUUUUUCAUGACGUUUCAUGAUUUGCUCUUGGUUUCAAAUGAAACUACGAAUCUGGCAUGUUGCACUGUGAACACUUUGUUUACUCUCUCGCUCUCUUUUUAUUCUUUCUGUUUCAGUGUCUUAGGACAAAAAGAAGUCCUUCCGUUUUUUUGUCCCCUGUGAUCUCCCUCUUAUCUAUACGCUUUCCUUGUUGUAAUUGCUCGUGUCAAUCAAGGUGCUGACCAACUCAACACAAAGUUAGACACAUAAUCUAAAGUUCUAAAACUGUGACCACAGUGAGACUUUCAAGGGAAGGGUUGAUGAAAGUGGCAGACACUGAACAUGAUAUGCAAUUUCAUCUUUGUCUCCUUACCCCUCAUAACGAUAACGUUUCGUUGGAUUUACUCUACACUAAGUUGAAGUCGUCUGUCAUCAGACAUCCUCAUUCACGGAUGGCGUAUGAAUGGCACCAGUUUGGAGGGGCUCCCAUAGCUCAUCUGGUCACGCUAGAUUUAGGGAGGUUGUGAGUUGGGGUGUCAGAAAUGAGUGUUUUACCUAGGAGCCCUGUAACAAGAAGACAGCAUGAGGAAUAAUGUUAAAGGUUGUUUUUUUUUUUAAUUUUUGUUUUAGUAUUUAAACCGAGAUUUGUACUUUAUUUCAUUUCUAAAACUUAAAUAUAAUUUAUGAUACUCACAUAUGCAGACAUUUCCUUCUGAAAGAUUUUCAUUAAGAUAGAUGGUGGGUCACUUUCAAAUGAGGGUGUUGUACACACAGUGUCACACAAGAUCUGACCGUCUUCUGGAUUGAGGGUACCCUUGCAAGGGCUUUUGAAUGGCCUUGUUACUCCUUGGUCAGUCUUCACCUUUCUACCUUAUGAAGCGCCACCUUUUAUUUCCAUAUCCUCGAGUCUUGAAGAAGUUGAUGCUAAUGGAAGAAUUCACUUGUCUGGUUUAAAUAAAGCCCGUUUCUGUUGGGA